GUUACGUAGCUGUCAUCGCGAAAACACGCGUCGCCGCCGCCUCGUCCUGUUACACAUUCACCGAGCGGAUUCUCGUUGCCGCCCGAAAAUCCGACACGGGCCGACGGCGAAGUCUGACCCCCGGAGAUUCGAGGAACCCGCGCCGACCGCCUCGUCGUGUGGUCCGCCCCGUUUCGUGUUCGGGGCGACCCUGAACGCCACGACGGAUUUUUUAUCAGCCCGCCGAGAGGUCACACGAAAAUGUUUUCGCGGCGCGCAUUCUGCAUGUGCGUCGGCUUACGUUACGAUCGUCCCGUCCGUCUCGCUCUCGUCGUGGUUCCUCGCGGUACCGGGUGGACCCUGCGGAUGGCCCGCGCACCAUUCUAGUAUUUGUUCUUAUUAAUCUGUGAUAUAUAUAUAUAUACGUAUUCGUAUUCGGUUGUACGGUGGUUUCUGUGAUAGUUUUGCCGUUUGAGAUUGUAGAAAUGGUUGCGAACGGCGACAUGGUCUGUUUUCCGAACGAGUGCGGGUUCCAGGACGAGGACGCGGAAGAGGGCUGCAAGGAUUGCAGGGAGAUAAACAACAAUGCCGUUUCGGCUUCGACGAAAGUCGUCGCGGCGUCCAAGUAUGAGUACAGGACCAUUCAGGACCCCGCCAGCCAAAGACUGACAUGGUACAAACCGCCCCUGACAGUUUUAGUGAUAAAGAAAGUUAGAGACGCCUCCGUUCUGUCACCGUUCGUUCAGCUCGUACAGUGGCUCAUACAAGUAAAACGGAUGGUGGUAUUCGUCGAGGCGGCCGUGAUGGAGGACAACCACCUGGACCAGUACAAAUCGUUCGCGACCGUCAAGGACAAGCUGAUGACGUUCAAAGACGGCAAAGACGACCUGACCGACAAAAUCGACUUCAUCAUAUGCCUAGGCGGCGACGGCACCCUCCUCUACGCCAGUCAGUUGUUCCAGCAGUCGGUGCCGCCGGUCAUGGCCUUCCAUCUGGGUAGUCUCGGCUUCCUCACUCCCUUUCGCUUCGACAAUUUCCAGGAGCAAGUCAAUAACGUCUUGGAAGGUCACGCGGCGCUGACGUUGCGCAGCAGGCUGCGCUGUAUCGUGAUGAAGAAAACUGAGAAGACGCAGGGUGACGAUAAGAAGGUCAAGGUACCGACCAAUCUGCUCGUGCUCAAUGAGGUGGUCGUCGAUCGUGGUCCGUCACCUUAUCUCUCCAACAUCGAUCUGUUUCUGGACGGCAAACACAUCACGUCCGUCCAAGGCGACGGCCUGAUUGUGAGCACCCCUACCGGCAGUACGGCUUACGCGGUGGCGGCCGGCGCGUCCAUGAUCCAUCCCAGCGUGCCUGCGAUCAUGGUCACCCCCAUCUGUCCUCACUCGCUGAGCUUCAGACCCAUCGUCGUUCCUGCCGGCGUCGAAUUGAAGAUAUCAGUGUCUCCCGAUAGUAGGAACACGUCGUGGGUCUCGUUCGACGGCAGGAACCGUCAAGAGUUGGUGCACGGAGACAGUUUAAGGGUAACUACCUCAAUUUAUCCGGUUCCCAGUAUAUGUUCUCAAGACCAGAUCUCGGAUUGGUUCGAUUCUCUGGCCGAAUGUCUUCACUGGAACGUGAGGAAGCGCCAGAAACAUCUAGACGAGCUCACUGAUCUCACACACUCAAGCUCAAAUGACACUCUGGAUUCGCUUGACCAGACGGAGCCAAUUGUAACAGAGAAUUGAGGAUGGUUUCAAUAAUGCGUUUUGUGCAAUAUUUGCCCGGCAAUAAACAGAAGUUCGUUGUUGAAACUGUUUACAAGUUAAUUGUUGAAAAUUUCACGUUGUUACCAGAAUAGCUGUAAAAAUUUUAUAAAGUGGUAAAUCUGUUUUUAUUUAUGAAAUGAAGUUUUUAUUAUAGAUUUUUAUGAAACGAAUAAAAUUAUUUAUUAGCUAUGUAAAUAAAGUGAUAAAACUGUUUAUAUUUUUGUACACUCAGGUUAGGGUAGAAUAAGUUUUUAUAGCUGCUGUAAUUUUAUAUAUUUUGCACAUAAAUUGUUGUAAUUGGACCAGCCAUGUGCCAAUCUUAAAACUAUUUGUAUUCACCUUAUAUUUUUGGUAUAAAGAAUUACCA